GCAGGAUUCGUAUGUUAGAAUGGCCCAAAGACCGCCAAGGAAUAUUUUCAAAAUCUUCUGGAAUAAUUUCACCAAGUCCAUCCGACCCCGGCAAGUGUAUUCCGGAGAUUCCGUGGGCAAGGAUCGAUUCGGAAAUGAAUACUUCGAGAUUCCAGCGGAUCCCUCAAGCGCUCGACGCCUUCCUAGACGAUGGUUCAAGCCUCGGACUGAUUUCAACUUCGAAGCAGAAAUGCCUGCGGAAUGGGAAGCGUGGUUGAGAUUUCGCCGAAAGAUUCCUCCGUCAGAAGAGGAGCUUGACAAGAAUUAUAAGAUCAUGAUGCAGACAAAAGCUAAUGCACGUGUUCUUGCGGAAAGAGAUGCUGCUUCGCGACAAUUGGGUUCUUCGGAAAGGUUGCCUGACAUCGCAAGUCCUCAGAGCGAGGAUGAUCAGAUGAAGAAGUUUCCGAAAUACGGGGAUUAUGAACUCUUCCCUGGUCAGAAAAUGGAGGACGAACGAAAGGACAAGGGCUGAUGAUGGAGUACCAAUCUUUGAAAUUUAGUCAUGUUUUUGGCAGUUUAUAUUGCUGGAGUUGAUAAAUCUGCAUGUGUUCUUAAAAUGAACUUCUGAGAAUGAAAAUUCGUAUAUUUCUGUGUAAUA